GCUCGCCCGCCCAUCCAUCCAUCCAUCCAUCAUCCCCCAUCAUCACCUCAACAACCACCACCACCACCACCACCGGCCGGCCGUCGUCACACGGUUCGCCCGCCGCCUCGCCUGCCGUCGCUGCCGCCGCAGCGCGACCACCACCAAGCCCCCAUUUCCAUCCCACCCGCCCUCUCUCGCCGGAAAGCGAUCCGAUCUGGCCGGCCGGGGAGCUCAUCCGCCGCCCACACACGGACCUGCCUGGACAGCUGCGUGUGCGAGGGCCGUGACUGAACGCCCGCCACCACCCCCCGUUUCCCAACAAACCCCCCCGGAACAAGGGCACUGAAGCGGAAACAAGAAGAAAAAAAGAAGACACACCCCUCCCCCCCUAGGUCAUUUCUCAUAUUCUCCUUCUUUUCCUCUCUUCUUCUUCUCCUUCUCCUCCUGCUCGCAACUUGGGUCUUUCGCCGCCCUCCUCCUCGGCCACUACGCCAUUCAACCUCGGGUUCCGUCUCGACUCACUCUCUCGUGCCUGCCUGUCAACCGCCGACCGACCAAAAAAAAAAAGAUGACGACUACCGAGCAAGCUCCCGCGUCCAACACGACGCCGGUGGCGGAGAAGCCCACUGCCGUCGACGCUCCCGCGGCGGAGACUGCUGCUGCAGCAGCUGUCCCUGCCGCAUCCAACGGCACUGACGCGGCCGCCGCCGCUCCCGUUCCCGCUGCUGCUGCGCCGCCCAACGGCAUCGACGCGCCUGCACCCGCCGUCAAGACACUCGCCAGCACCGAUGCCGCCACCGGCUCAGGUGUCGCCGGCGCCGACAUCACAACCAAGACCACCGUGGCCGCCGAGACGCCCCUUUCUAAGCUCACAGGUCGCCUCCCCACCAUGCUCGACCAGGUUGGCCAUACCGAGAUGUGGGGCGUCGAGCUCUCCGUGUCCCCCGACCACGCGCCCUCGCAGGUCAUACUGCAAAAGUUUCUGCGCGCCAACAAUGGCGAUGCCGCUGCCGCCGAGAAGCAGCUCGUCGCGGCCCUCGAGUGGCGCAAAAAGGUCAAUCCUGCUGCCCUCGUCUCCGAGGUCUUUGACGGCGCCAAGUUUGGCGGUCUGGGCUACGUGACGGUUCACGCCGACCCCGCCACGGGCAAGGAGACGGUCAUCACCUGGAACAUUUACGGCUCCGUCAAGAACAACAAGGCCACGUUUGGCAACGUGCAAGAGUUCAUCAAGUGGCGUGCCGCCCUCAUGGAGCUCGGCGUUCAGAAGCUGCACCUCAACGACAUCCAGGAGCGCAUUCCCGAGGGCCCCGACGCCGCCGACCCCUACCAGAUGCUCCAGGUGCACGACUACCAGUCCGUCAGCUUCUUCCGCAUGGACCCCGACGUCAAGUCCGCCAGCAAGGAGACGAUCCAGACCUUUUCCACAGCGUACCCGGAGCUGCUAGCCCACAAGUUCUUCGUCAACGUGCCUGCCAUCAUGGGCUGGGUCUUUGGCGCCAUGAAGUUCUUCCUCGCGCCCGCGACGCUGCGCAAAUUUCACCCCAUGACGUCUGGCACCACCCUGGCGACGGAGCUCAAGGGCAUCGUCGGCAGCCUGCCCAAGGAGUACGGCGGUCAGGGUCCGAGCGUCAAAGAUGGCGAGACAGUCAAGCUGCAGACGACUUCGGAGCAGCCGCAGGGUGCCAAGGAGGAUGGCCCCAAGACGGCGACUGUGACCAAGACCGAGGGCGAGGCCAAGACCCCAGAAGCUGGCAAGCGCGAUGACGCCGCCGUGACGGCCGAGCUUCCCGCUGCGGCGCCCGUGGAGGCCAAGACCGAUGCCGCUCCUGUCGCGGCAUCGGAGGCGAAAACGGAGCCCGUCGAGCCUGUCAAGGCAGCCGAGGUCGAGGAGACUAAGCCUGCCGAGCCGGUCACCGAGCCCACCCCCGAGCCGGUGGAGGCGUUGGCAGAGAAAGCCGAUGCCCCGCAGCAGGCCAACAAGGAGGUCGCCGCUUGAGGGCAAACGCUGUCCUUGAGGUUUUCAGUCUGGCAGAUCGGGUGGACAUCUUUCCUCGCAUCGUCUUUUGUCGCUCAUGUUUUUUGUCGCUCUUCUUGUUGCUUUGGGCGCGAUGGUACAGCGGCGAUAAUACCCUCCCCUCCGUGUAAUUUUGAGCGUCCGCUUAGACACCCCCUAUUUCUUUGAUUCCGAAUAGACAGACGAGACGGUUUCCGUGGCUGACGAACACGUCGACCGUUGUACUUUAUGCG